AUGGCUCUAGCAGAAAUGAGUGAGUUAAAAGAUGAUAUCCUUGUGUAUUCAAAGAGUGAAGAAGAUAAUGCUAAACACUUAAGGCCCGUGUUGAGUACGUUGAGAGAAAACCAGCUAUAUGCCAAAUUCUCGAAGUGUGAAUUCUGGCUGGAAAAGGUUGCAUUGUUGGGAAAUUUUGUGUCUAAGGAAGGAGUUUCAGUGGACCAUGCAAAGAUCAAAGCAACGCGAUUGACAACCGCGCCAGUGUUAACUCUGCCAGACGGAAGUGGUACUUAUGAUGUGUACAGUGAUGCAUCUAAGAAUGGUCUAGGGUGUGUUUUGAUGCAGAACGAGAAGGUGAUUGCAUAUUCAUGGAUCACAAGAAUUUUCACACAAAAGGAUUUGAAUAUGCACCAAAGAAGGUGGUUGGAAUUGAUUAAGGAUUACGAUUUUGACAUCCUAUAUCAUGAAGGGAAAGCAAAUGUAGUUGGAGAUGCCUUGAGUAGGAAAUCAAGCCAUAGUGUGAAUGUGUUAGUAGUUGCUAACGAGCUGUGCAAGGAUAUGGAACGAUUGAAUCUAGAAAUCGUGAGUGGUGAAUGUCUGGAAGGAAUGAUUAAUGCAUUAACCAUCCAACCGUCAGUGUUUGAUGAAAUCAAAGAGAACUAA